AUGGUGUUGUAUAAUCUGUGCUCUUGCUAUACCGUCAGGAAGUAUUCCGAUGAUCCACUACAAGUGAUGCAGAUUGUCGUUAUUUUUGGUAUCGCAACUCUAUUGAUUUUCAAAUUCUUUCUGGCUAUUGAGAAAAAGCCAUCGUUGAGGAUUCUGUUUGAAACGGCAGAGGAGAACGUUUACUGUGCUUUCGACAAUGGAACUCCCAUGGAAAGAGCUGCAAUCGCAAAGACAACUCGUUAUUUGAGUAUUGGCUUUAAAAUAUUGUCUGGAUUGUACGUAUCUUCGCUGUUUGUUUUCGGUAUCUGGCCUGUAUUUGUUUAUUAUACGAGAAAUGAGUUGGUUCCGCUAUUUUUCUACGAAAUUCCAUACGUUAAUAUAAAUGAAAAUUCCGGAUACAUACUGACGCUGUUGUUUCAUGUUAAUAUUUAUUUAAUGGGAGUGUUGGGAACGAUUUUAUCAGACUACAUAUUUAUUUUUGUUGCAUUCCAAUCAAUGCUUUUAGUUGACUUAUUAAUAUUGAAUCUAAAACAAUUAGAUGAUAUGUUAAUUUCCGAAAACCGUGAAGCAAACCUGGAUGCAAUAGCAAAUCAAUGGAAAACUUGUAUGAAAUAUCAUCGAAUCACUACCGAUAUUGAAAAUAUAUUUGGACUCGCAUGUUUAGUGCAAGUAUUUUGCUGUGUCUUUACAAUAUGUGAUUCAAUGAUAGUUUUAGUUUUGACGGACUGGUAUGCGGCCUAUUGUUUUUUACUUGUAAUAUUUGUUGAACUUUCUCUUUAUUUUAUUUUGGGAAACUUAGUGGAGCUAAAGGUAGUUGAGAAAAACAUUUAG